GUGUUUCUCCAGCAUCUACUGCCUGGCUGGGAUCUCUCACAUUCCAUCCAUCUGAGAUUCCCGCCUUGCUGAUUUCCCUUCAUUGUGGCCAUUCACGACGUUUAGACUGAAGGGACCUGCAGUCUUCGCUGCCAGACGGCCUGCGGUUGGAUUCUUUUAUCGAGCGCGUCGCGCCGCCCUUUGCGCUCUCCGAUCUUCCAUCUGUCCUUCCUUCGAGCUUGUGUGACCAGUAACCGUCAAGAUGGCUGACUACGGCGAUGCCUACGAUGAGGAGUAUUACGAUGAUAUGGAUGAGGGGAUUACGUCGGAGGACUGCUGGACCGUCAUCUCGUCCUUCUUCGACACCAAGGGUCUGGUCUCGCAGCAAUUAGACUCCUUCGAUGAGUUCAUCUCAUCGACCAUGCAAGAAUUGGUGGAGGAACAGGGUCAAGUUACUCUCGAUCAGACGCUUCCCCCUUCCGAGGAUGAAGUUGACCCCGUUGUCGUCCGCCGAUACGAACUGAAGUUUGGGACUGUUAUGUUGUCAAGACCUUCCGUUACUGAGGGCGAUGGCGCGACCACGAUCAUGUUGCCACAGGAGGCUCGUCUACGUAACUUGACCUACGCUAGUCCUCUGUAUUUGGGAAUUACCAAGAAGAUUAUGGAGGGCCGAGAACGUCUGGUCGCUGACCGUGAUGAGGACGAUAUUGCUGAAUCGAAUGAGGAUAGGAAGGCGGCGGGAACCUAUCUCCAGUGGGAGCAGAAAGAGUUGCCUGCUGAUCAAGCAAAGGAGGAAACUGUUUUCAUUGGCAAAAUGCCUAUUAUGCUCAAGUCUAAGUACUGUAUUCUCAAGGAUCUGAGCGAGCAGGCUCUCUACAACUGGAACGAGUGUCCUUACGACUCCGGUGGUUAUUUCAUUAUCAACGGAAGUGAGAAGGUCCUCAUCGCUCAAGAACGAAGUGCCGGAAAUACUGUUCAGGUUUUCAAAAAGGCCCCCCCCAGCCCAACACCUUAUGUGGCGGAAAUCCGCAGUGCCGUCGAGAAAGGUUCACGACUACUCUCACAGCUAUCUCUUAAGCUAUUCGCGAAAGGAGAUAGUGCCAAGGGCGGAUUCGGUCCUACCAUCAGGUCCACUCUACCCUACGUCAAGACAGAUAUCCCGAUUGUGGUUGUCUUCCGUGCCCUGGGUGUUGUUUCGGAUGAGGACAUUCUUAACCACAUUUGCUACGACCGCAAUGAUACUCCUAUGCUCGAGAUGUUGAAGCCCUGUAUUGAAGAAGGUUUCGUCAUCCAAGACCGUGAGGUUGCUUUGGAUUUCAUCGCGAAGAGAGGUUCUUCUCAGUCCAGCAUGAACCAUGAGCGCCGUGUCCGAUAUGCUCGAGAAAUUAUGCAGAAGGAGUUGCUGCCCCAUAUUUCCCAAAGUGAGGGUAGCGAGACGCGAAAGGCCUUUUUCUUGGGUUACAUGGUGCAUAGACUCCUUCAGUGCGCUCUCGGUCGUCGGGAUGUCGAUGAUCGUGAUCAUUUCGGAAAGAAGCGCCUUGAUCUUGCUGGCCCACUUCUUGCGAAUCUUUUCCGUGUUCUGUUCACUAGGGUCACUCGGGAUCUGCAGCGAUAUGUGCAGAGGUGCGUGGAAACGAACCGGGAGAUUUAUCUGAACAUUGGUAUCAAGGCUAGCACCUUGACGGGUGGUUUGAAGUAUGCUCUUGCCACCGGUAACUGGGGAGAACAGAAGAAGGCCGCCAGCGCCAAGGCCGGUGUGUCGCAGGUGCUCAGUCGUUACACCUAUUCUUCUACGUUGUCGCAUCUUCGUCGAACAAAUACUCCCAUCGGUCGUGAUGGAAAGAUUGCCAAACCUCGUCAGCUACACAACACCCAUUGGGGCCUGGUCUGCCCUGCAGAAACUCCUGAAGGUCAGGCUUGUGGUCUGGUCAAGAACCUAGCUCUUAUGUGUUACAUCACUGUCGGUACACCGAGCGAACCUAUCAUCGACUUCAUGAUCCAACGUAAUAUGGAAGUCCUCGAGGAAUUCGAGCCUCAAGUGACACCUAAUGCUACUAAGGUCUUCGUGAAUGGUGUCUGGGUGGGUAUCCAUCGUGACCCGGCGCAUCUUGUCAACACCAUGCUUUCCUUGCGUCGCCGGAACAUGAUAUCUCACGAAGUCAGUCUUAUCCGAGAUAUUCGUGAACGUGAGUUCAAGAUUUUCACCGAUGCUGGUCGUGUCUGCCGACCACUCUUCGUCAUUGACAAUGACCCGAAGAGUGAGAACUGCGGCUCUCUGGUUCUCAACAAGGAGCACAUUCGCAAGUUGGAGCAGGACAAAGAUUUGCCACCCGACCUCGACCCCGAAGAACGCCGGGAGCGCUACUUCGGAUGGGAUGGGUUAGUCAAAUCUGGAGUUGUUGAAUACGUGGAUGCCGAGGAGGAAGAAACGAUCAUGAUCGUCAUGUCACCGGAAGACUUGGAUAUAUCGAAGCAGCUUCAGGCAGGUUAUGCGUUACCCGAGGAGGAGCACGAUCCCAACAAACGUGUGCGGUCUAUUCUUAGCCAGAAGGCACACACCUGGACACAUUGCGAGAUUCACCCGAGUAUGAUUCUUGGAAUUUGCGCUAGUAUCAUUCCCUUCCCUGAUCACAACCAGUCGCCUCGUAACACCUACCAAUCUGCUAUGGGUAAACAGGCUAUGGGUGUGUUCCUGACCAACUUUGACCAGCGUAUGGAAACCAUGGCGAAUAUUCUGUAUUACCCGCAGAAGCCGCUGGCGACGACACGAUCGAUGGAGUUUUUGCGUUUCCGUGAGCUCCCUGCCGGACAGAACGCCAUUGUCGCUAUCUCUUGUUAUUCCGGAUAUAACCAAGAAGAUUCGGUUAUUAUGAACCAGAGUAGUAUCGAUCGUGGCCUUUUCCGCAGUCUCUUCUACCGGACAUACACGGACAGUGAAAAGAUGGUCGGUUUGACGGUUGUUGAACGGUUCGAAAAGCCAAUGCGAUCAGAUACUAUUGGCAUGCGCAAGGGCACAUACGACAAGUUGGAUGAAGAUGGCAUUAUUGCUCCCGGAGUACGUGUUUCCGGAGAGGAUAUCAUUAUCGGCAAGACCGCUCCCCUCGCGCCCGAAGCGGAGGAGCUUGGCCAGAGAACCAAGGCUCAUACCAAGCUGGAUGUCUCGACUCCGCUCCGUAGUACGGAAAGUGGUAUCGUGGAUCAAGUGUUGGUUUCCACCAGCAAUGACGAUCUGAAAUUCGUCAAGGUACGCAUGAGGACGACUAAGAUUCCUCAGAUUGGCGACAAGUUCGCUUCACGUCACGGUCAGAAAGGUACCAUUGGUAUUACCUAUCGUCAGGAAGACAUGCCGUUCACUCGGGAGGGAGUUUCGCCCGAUCUCAUUAUCAAUCCCCACGCUAUUCCGUCCCGUAUGACUAUUGCGCACUUGAUCGAGUGUCAGCUCAGUAAGGUUUCUGCUCUGCGUGGUUUCGAAGGUGAUGCGACUCCGUUCACGGAUGUUACCGUCGACUCGGUCUCGCGCCUGCUUCGAGAGCACGGCUACCAGUCGCGUGGAUUCGAGGUGAUGUUCAACGGCCACACUGGGCGCAAAAUGGUGGCGCAGGUCUUCUUGGGGCCGACCUACUAUCAACGAUUGCGACACAUGGUAGACGACAAGAUUCACGCUCGUGCGCGCGGCCCGACUCAGAUCUUGACUCGACAGCCUGUGGAAGGUCGUGCUCGUGAUGGUGGUCUUCGUUUCGGAGAGAUGGAACGCGAUUGUAUGAUCGCACAUGGAGCCAGCGCAUUCCUGAAGGAGCGCCUCUUUGAUGUUUCCGACCCAUUCCGUGUCCACAUCUGUGAUGAUUGUGGAUUGAUGACCCCGAUUGCGAAACUGAAGAAGGGGCUUUUCGAGUGUCGACUGUGCAACAACAAGCACCGAAUCUCUCAGGUGCAUAUUCCCUAUGCAGCCAAGCUCCUCUUCCAAGAGUUGGCUGCGAUGAAUAUUGCAGCCCGUAUGUUUACCAACCGAUCCGGCGUGUCCGUGCGGUGAGGGGUACAACUACUGGCAACCAAGUCAGUCACCGCACAAUAAUGGACUUGAUUGAGUCUUGCCGCUUGCAGGACAAUAAUGUACAUCAUUCUAUAUUGUCUUUUUUUUUUUUUUUGUUCUUUUUCAUUCCCACUUUGGCGAUUAUGUUUUUUUUUCCCCUCCCAAAAUUUUGGUGAUAUCAACUAAAAACAGAGCCGUUGGCAUUUUCCUGGCGU